UCUCAUUCGGUCUACAACAUCAGCACACAGUUCUCCUCUUGAUUCAGAAUUGCGCGGCUAGCUGUUCGCAGACUUCGUGACUGUUUUCAAUCUAUACUGCAUGCACACGCUACACUUGACUCGAAUUAAGGCCUUAUCUGAUUGUGCCAACCGCGGCCGUACAGCUGUGUGCCGGCCUUGAUCAUGUCGAAAGCACCGUUCGAGAAUACCUGGUACCACAGGAAGGUGGCAGAGAACGCGACCAAACCGUGCAAUAUCUGUUACAAGCCUACAUCGAGUGUCUUGAUAACACCAAGCAACAAGGACUUCUUCUACGUAUGCAUUGGUCAUUUAUCCGACCGUGGAUUUUGCCAGCCGGACGCAGAUGAAGCUGCGGAGUUGGCUGAGCGCAAGAAGAAGGAGGAGAUGGAUCGUGAGGUCGAGAAGGUGAAGAAGGAGUACGAGGAAAAGCAGAAACUCAAGAAAGAGAAGCGGAAAGCGAAAGACAAGGAGAAAGACAAGGAAACUAAAGCUACCGAGGAAGAAGAGGACAAGAAAGAUGAAAAAGCCAAGGACGACAAGAUCAAAGAGCUCUCCAAAUCCGGCGAGGCAUCUUCAAGUGAAGCUACAGCUAGAAUAUACCAUCUCAACAAGUCCUUCUACCAAAUGCGCCUUGACAAGCUUCGGAACGCUGAAAUCGCAAAACGUAAUCGCGAGCGCCUACAAAACCCCGCAAACUUCCCCUCAGUGCCCAAGAACCUACCGUAGCUUAGUUCACCUCGAGAUUUUAGUUCCACAUCAUCCCAUCCCUUUCUCAACCCUCCCUACAUCCUUUCAGCUUGCAUCUGGGACUGUGGUGUAGAUUUGGCGCAC